GGGCGGGGGGCGGGGCUCCGCGGCCCCCGGGACACCUGUCCCCGCGCCCCGCCCCUCCGCCGCGGGGGCGGCCGCCCGAGCAUGCGCACCGGCACUGCGGCGGGCGGGUGCGGAGCCGGGGCGCGGGGACGCGGGGCGGCGCGAAGCGGGGCCCGUCUGCCGCCCCGCUCCCCAUGUACGCCUUUUACUCGCUGCUCAUCUACAUCUUCUACAGCCUCUUCCGCAGGGAUGGCGGGGCAGCGGCGGCCGCGGAGCCCGGCGACCCCGUGCAGAGCGCCCGCUGCAAGCCCAGAGGUCGCCGCCGCCCCGACCAGCCCACGCCGGACCCGGGGACUGAGCUGAGCGGCCCGGCCGGCUGCUCCGAGUCCGAGGAUGGGUCGGAAGGGGGAGCCGAGGGCCCCCCGGCCGCCGUCUCCCUGGAAGAGGCUCUCACGCGCCUUGCCGAGUUUCUCUCCGGCCAGCUGGGGGCAGAAGGCAGCCGCGGGAAUCUUCUCGAUCCCGGCCAGCCCGCUGAGGUUCCCCCACUUCUGACCGUGACCAGUCAGCUCUUGGCUCUCCUAGCAUGGAGUCGGGGCCCCAGGGGGAGGCAGGCCCUGGUCCAGGGGACGCUACCUGCCUCUGGGGCGCAGACUCUCACUCCUGAUGGGCCCCCAACCCAAGAAGAAAGCCUUUCUCAUCCUGCCCCAGUCCUGGGGCAGCAGCUCUCAGAGUUGGAGGAGGAACAGAGGACUUGGCAGCUCAUCCUUGGACAGCUGGAAGAGCUAAAGCAGCAGCUAGAGCAGCAGGAAGAGGAGCUGGGCCGGCUGCGCCUGGGAGUGGGAGCCACAGACUCAGAGAAGAGGGUUCAGCACCUCACCCUGGAGAACGAGGCCCUGAAACAGAGCCUGAGCCUCAUGCGGGACCUCCUGCUGCACUGGGGACCCGGCCUUGCCCUUGGGACCUCUCAGGAGGAAGCAGGAGCUCUGGUUGAGCUCCAGAACCAGCUUCAGGAGGCCCAGGACACCACAGAAGCCCUCCGAGUCCAGCUGGGGGUCCAGGAGGUACAGCUGCAGGGCCUUCAGGGGGCCCUCCGGCAGCUCCAGCAAGAGACAGAACAGAACUGCAGGCAGGAGCUGCAGCAGAUGCUUGGACAGCUGGCAGGACUGCGGGUGCGCAUGGCCAGCCUGCGCCAGGGCUGCGGGGACCUCCGAGGGCUGGUCAGCACCUUUACCCAGAGCUGCCAGGGCUCCCUGAGCGAGGCCCGGGGACAGGUCUCCUGGGCCCUGGGGGCACUGUCAGCUGAGGGGGCUGGGACCCAGCUCUCUGAGGAGCAGCAGGGACCCCCUGUGGGAUACCAAGGGCGGCUGCUGGAGCCCAAGGGAAACAUCCGUGUGCUGUGUCGGCUGAGGCCUGGGUGCCCCUCUAGCCUCGUGGCCACAGAGCCCGGCCCAGGUGGCAUCGUCACCACCUGCUAUCGAGGGCGCCAGCGCCGCUUCUACCUGGAUUGGGUCUUCCCUCCAGAUGCCAGCCAGGAGGAGGUCUUCGGGGAGCUGGAGCCCGCUGUGCUGUCUUGCCUCCGCGGCUACAGUGUCUGCAUUUUCACCUAUGGUCAGACCGGAACCGGGAAGACAUACAGCAUGGAGGGCCCACCUGAGGACCCCGGCAUCGCUCCCAGGGCGCUGCAGUCGCUGUUCCGGGAGAUGGGGGCCGGGGGGCAGCACCGCGUGAGCCUCAGCAUGGUGGAGGUCUACAAUGAGGCUGUCAGGGACCUCCUGGCUCCAGGGCCUCCCGAGCGCCUGGCGGUGCGGCAGGGCCCGGCAGGCCAGGGGGGCAUCCAGGUGGCCGGCCUCACGCACUGGGACGUUCCCGACCUGGACACGCUGCACCAGAUGCUGAGCCUGGGGAGGAGCAACCGAGCCACCGCAGCCACAGCCAUGAACCAGCGCAGCUCCCGCUCCCACGCCCUGGUCACGCUGACGCUGCGCGCGGCGGCCCCACCGCACGGUCCGGGCACCGCAGGCACGCUGCACCUGGUGGACCUGGCGGGAUCGGAGCGCGCCUGGAAGGCGGGGGCGGCCGGGGCGCCUGGGGGAGCGGGGGACGGGGCUCGGCGGCAGCGGGAGGCCCGCACCAUCAACCGCUCCCUGCUGGCGCUGGGAGGCGUGAUGGCCGCGCUGCGGGCCCGCCGGCCCCACGUUCCCUUCCGAGACUCGCAGCUCACGCGCCUGCUGCAGCCCGCGCUCGGGCCCGGCGCCACCGCGGUGCUGCUGCUGCAGGUGGGCGGCCCGGGGCGGGGCCGAGCGCGGAGGCGGGAGGGCGGUUUGCAUGCCAAGCGCCGCCCCCUGGGGACCCGCCCACCAGCGCCGCCUCCCUGCAGAUCUCCACGCGGCCGGAGGAUCUCGGGGAGACCGUCUGCUCGCUCAAGUUCGCGGAGCGAGUGGGCCAGGUGGCGCUGGGGCCAGCCCGGCGCCGCAGGGUCCCGCGCUCAGGGACGCCCUCCUCCCUUAGCACCGACAGCCCGCUCACCGGGACCCCCUGUACUCCCACGCCGUCCCCUGGCAGCCCCCCAAGCCCGGGCCCGGACAGUGGUUCCAGUUCGGCCCUCGUGCCCCCCGGGGGCCUGCCCCGGUAGUUCUGCCUGCGGCCCUGCCCAAGGGGUCUGGGGUCGCGCCUCUGCUGGCAGAGGCUGCAGUGAAGCCCCCACACCCGGUCUCCCAGGGCACAACCUCCGUGACUUGUGGGUGCCCACCGCCGCCUAAACUCCCCAAGCCCACCCCACCCCCACCCCUUCAGUAAUGUUAGGCCUGGGAAGUGAUUGUCCCACCACCCCCCAACUAGGCCACAGGCCCUCAGCCCCCACCUUAUCACCAUUUGCUGUUAUCAUGGCACACAGCAGGGGAUCCCUGAGCCAAGGAAGCAGACUGGGGCCAAGUGGUUGCCCAAGCACCACCUCUGCCCCCCGAAAUCAGACUUCGCAUUAAAAUGGUGUAAGUUCCUUUAUUGUCGUCUUCCCACCACCACCACCAAGACCUCGUAGGGUCCAGUCUUCCCCCCAAAAGGUGCUACUUGCUUCUUCCAGACAGUUGAGGGAGAGCAGGGCUUUAGGCAGGAGUCCCCAUUGCGCUCUCCCUCCCCCAUCCCGGAGCCAGGGAAGGGAGGUGACAGAUGGUGAUGGAUGGACAGACGGACGAUAGAAGCCUGAGCCCCUCUGGGCUGAGCCCUGCCCCUCCAGCCUUGCCUCUUGGGGUGGGGGGGCCUCGGGCAGGUUCCUGCUCGGCUGAGCUGCAGCCCUGGAGGUGCGGGUCUUCCAAUAAACGUUGUGGACUCAGA